CAUAUCUCUUCUUUUUAGCGUGAAAUUGUAAAUGGCGGAUCACAAAAUUUUGUAACAAAAGCGAGCCGAUAAUUUGUGAAUAAAUCAUAGAACAUUCAUCGUAAAUAUGGAAAUAUCACCUAUGACACUUGGAAUUGCUGCGGGGCUAGCUGGAACGUUGUUUCUUGGCUACUGUGUAUACUUUGAUCAGCAACGUCGAAAGGAUCCUCUUUUCAAAAAGAAGUUGAGAGAACGAAGACAGAAGGCACAACAGAGCGCUACCAGGUCCCGAACUCUUGGUGGGCCCUUGCCCGACAUGAGUGACCACGAGGCUAUGCAGAGGUUCUUCUUACAACAGAUCCAACUGGGUGAGGAGUUGCUGGCCGCGGGAGACCUGGAGGCGGGAGUGGAGCACCUCGGUCAGGCCGUCGCCGUGUGCGGGCAGACACAACAACUGCUCAGUGUGCUACAGCAAACCAUGCCAGCACCAAUCUUCCACCUGCUACUGAAGAAGCUUCCAGAAGUGUCGGAGCGUCUCCGCGCCUCUAUGAAGGCGAGCGGCAACGCGCUGCAGGAGGAAGACGUCGAAUAGACUAUAAUUUGUUAGGGUUGCGUACAACAUCACUAGUUUUUUUCUUUUUAAUUGUGUCCUACAUGCCAGUUGUUUUAAAAAGGAUACAUAUGGACAUUUUUUUCAGUUUUGUGAUGUUUGUGGUGUGCUAGGAAUAUGUUGUUUGCAAAAGUACCUAGGUUUUUUUUUUUUCAAAUUGAUUGUUUAGUAUAAAGAUAGAUAUAACUAUUAUUUCCAUAAUUUCAAACAUUGCGAUUAUUUGGAUGUGUUAAAUUCUUUUAAAACAGUAUAUAUAUAUAUAUAUAUACAAAAAAAGAUAUUUUAAUUUUUUAAAUGAUCGAAUUAUCUAUUGUAUCUAUUCUGUAUCCUUUUUAAUGUAUGCCGUUAGUGAGGUUGAUUGUCUAUGGUUGCAAAAUUGUUUUAACAUAGGAGGCAAAAAUUAUACAGCUUAUUUGCCUAUUUUGUUGUUGAUUUUGAAUAUUUUUUCCUAUCAAUGUAUCUACCAUGUGUAGUGAUUUUUAUAUAUGAUGUACGUUAUAUAUAAUGGUUUCUGAAUAAACUCGAAGAUUGUUUAUA